AAUUUGUUUUUCAUGGGAACAUGUAAGACAUUUGAGUGAAAGUGGUGGGGCUUGAGUGUCAUUAGAAGAAAAUAAUAGCUUUUGCAAUUAGCAACAAGCAAGCUCAACUGUGUGUGACUUAAACGGAACACAGCACACAAGCAAACCCAACAAAACACAAACUCACUUCACAACGGAACCGUCUACUCCCUUAACAGGUCAAAACUCCCUCAAACCCAUAGCCGGAGCCUCUUCCGCCGCGCCAAACGUCCAAUCUUCGCCCACCUAAAACACUAAUUCUUAUGCUAUAUCCGAUCGCUGACGUUCCGCGACGCUCGUCGGCGGGGACGAAAUUCCCGGUGACUCUCCGGUGGCCGGUGGAAAAUCACCUCCUUCGUUAUUAUGAAGAAGAGCCAUGGAAAGGACAAGAACAGCAAAAGCGUUGCUUCUUCCUUCAAGUUCAUAUCCUCUUGCAUUAAGACCGCUUCCUCCGGCGUCCGCUCCGCCGGCGCCUCUGUCGCCGCCUCAAUCUCCGGCGACGAGGACAACCUCAAGGACCAGAUCCUUUGGGCAUGCUUUGACAAGCUGGAACCAUGUCCAUCAUCUUUCAGACAUGUUCUCUUAGUCGGAUAUACAAAUGGCUUCCAAGUUCUUGACGUGGAAGAUGCCUCUGACAUCAGGGAACUUGUCUCAAAGCGUGAUUAUCCAGUAUCAUUCUUACAGAUGAAGCCUGUCCCUGCAAAAUUGGAGGUUUCUGAAGGACUUGGAGCAGCACACCCUCUGCUGUUGGUCGUUACAUGUGAUAAGUUAAAGACCCCUGGUACAGUGCAAAAUGUCAGAGAUGGCCACAUUGAAGCUCAAGCUGAAAAUAUAGCAAGCUCAGCUAGAACUCUUCAAUUUUACUCAUUAAGGUCCCACACCUAUGUCCAUGUUCUUAGAUUUCGUUCGACUAUCUGCAUGGUUAGGUGCAGCCCUAAAAUAGUGGCUGUGGGUCUUGCUACUCAAAUAUACUGUUUAGAUGCUCUUACUCUUGAGAAUAAAUUCAGUGUCCUCACCUACCCAGUACCCCAGUUAGGAGGCCAAGGAAUGGUUGGGGUUAAUAUUGGCUAUGGUCCAAUGGCUGUAGGACCCCGCUGGUUUGCUUAUGCUACCAACCACCCAUUGGUACCAAAUGCAGGUCGCCUAAGCCCUCAGAGUCUUACUCCACCAUCUGUCAGCCCAUCAACAUCACCCAGUAGUGGAAACCUAGUUGCCCGAUAUGCCAUGGAAGCUAGCAAGCACUUAACUGCUGGGCUCAUCAAUCUUAGUGAUAGAGGGUAUAAAACAUUAUCCAAAUACUAUGAAGAUCUUAUACCUGAUGGAUCAAAUUCUCCUGUUUCACCAAAUUCAAGCUGGAAAAGUAGUCGGUUUACAUCAAAUUCUACAGAAACAGAUACUGCAGGGUUGGUUGUUGUCAAAGACUUUGUUUCUACAGAUGUUGUGGCACAAUUUAGAGCUCAUACUAGUCCAAUAUCUGCCUUAUGUUUUGACCCAAGUGGGACACUUCUAGUUACUGCCUCGAUUCAUGGCAACAACAUUAAUGUGUUUAGGAUUAUGCCAUCCUACCCAAGGAAUGGAUCAGGAUCUCAAAGCAGUGACUGGAGGUGUUCACAUGUGCACUUAUACAAGCUACACCGAGGCAUGACAUCAGCUGUUAUACAAGAUAUUUGUUUUAGCCAUUACAGCCAGUGGGUUGCCAUUAUUUCCUCCAAGGGAACCUGUCAUAUUUUUGUUCUUGCUCCAUUUGGUGGUGAGACAGUUCUGAAGAUACAUAAUCAGGAACCAGAAGGACCUGUUAUUUUGCCAGUUUUAUCUCUUCCAUGGUGGUUCACUCCGCAUUUCACAGUAAACCAGCAACAGCUUUGCCUGGCACCCCCAACUUCUGUUGUUCUCUCUAUAGUUAGCAGAAUAAAAAAUAAUCAUGCUGGAUGGCUCAAUACAGUUAGUAAUGCUGCAUCAUCUGCUGCAGGGAAAGAAUUGGUUCCAUCUGGUGCUGUUUCUGCUAUCUUUCAUAAUUCUAUACCUUUUGCUUCAAGUGAUUCAUACCCAAAAAUUCAUUCUCUGGAGCACUUAUUGGUUUAUACCCAGUCUGGUCACUUAAUUCAAUAUAAACUACUACCAUCCUCCGUGGCUGAGCCAGGUGAAACUGCUGCAAGAACAGCUACAGUUCCUUCAGUGCAUAUACAAGAAGAGGAUUUGCGAGUAAACGUUGAACCUAUUCAAUGGUGGGAUGUUUGCAGGAGAUAUGAUUGGCCUGAAAAAGAGGUUUCUAUACUGGGGAAUACACUUGGUGGACUGGAAGCUGAAGGAUUAAUCUUGGAGAGUUCAGAUUAUGAGGAUAACGGUGUCAGGAACAAUAGUUCGAUAAAACUAGCUGAGCAAUGUCACUUCUCAAAUGCAGAGGUACAGUUAAGCUCGGGGAGGAUACCAGUUUGGCAGAAAUCUGAGGUGUCAUUCUUUGUCAUAAGUCCUUUGGAUGCUGGAGAGCCAAAGUUAGCUGAACUUACUACCAACGGAGAGAUUCAAAUAGAGAAUGUUUUUGUUAAUGAGCUUGAAAUAAGACAGAAGGAUUUAUUGCCUGUAUUCAACUAUUUCGAUAGAAUUCAGUCUACUUGGGUUGACAGAGGGAUUAUGGGUAACUGCUCUAGCUCUUCAUCUGAUUUGCAUGUAGCUGAAGAGAAUUUGUCCGAAGAUACUGCAGGUUCUCAUUCAAAGUCUGCAGUAUCUGGCUUAGCCGAAAAGGCAAAUGAUGCAUAUUUUUCUUCAUCGAUUGACUUGUCUAGUAAUGAGAUUCAUUGCAAGAACAGAGAGGGACUUGCAUUGGCAUCACAACUUCGAAGCAUGGAAACUUUUAAGAAUCAUAGUGAUUCAGCAGCUACCACACAUUUUGCUGAUAAUACAACUACAGCGUUUGAAUCAUCAAAACAUGGAAAAGCCACUGGCAGUUUCGAUUCGAGUGGUUGUGAUUUGAAUAGGAAUGUCAUUCUUGAGGAACCAAUAUGUCAUUCCCUAGACUUUGAGAAAUUUUUUCAUGAGGGCUAUUGUAAAGCAUCAGUUGACUGUAAAGAAUCAGCGGAAGUUGCUACUGAUGUGGAUUGUAGCUGUCCCUGUCAUAGGGAAAAAUGUGAUGAUGAUGGUGAUAAUGAUGACAUGCUUGGUGAUGUAUUUGACUUCUCUGAGGAAGGUUGAUGAAUGCUUCUUUGCAAGUGCCUUCCUCCCUUCAAUUUGUAAAUUGGUGGUGUAAAAGAAUUUAAUGGACAAAUGCAGGCGAUUUCCUGCCGCAACUUAAAUGCUACUGACCAAUGAUUCAAGGAAUUUAAUGUUAUUCACUAACAAUGUUCCUUCCCAGGACCAUGAUUCUUCUGACCUUGUUAAUUUUUAUGUAAAUAUUGUAUAUUGAAAUUGAUUCCUACGAAUUAUGUUUGUGGGUUCUGGACUUGCUGGAUUCGUUCUUUGUAUGUUUGUAUCAUAUUCUUUCUCCAUAAUGCGUAGCAUGUGGGUUAAGGGACAGGGAAAAGAGAAACGAAAUAGAAUUGGAAAAAAAAAAUGAAGAGAACGCUGAUAAUGAAAUAGCUUAUUACUUUGUUCUCUCAUGUGUUUAUGUAUCCAGAUUAUUUAUA